UUAUUCAAUAUUUAAAAAAAUACAUGCGUUGCGAAAAGAUAUGUCUAGUUUUUUUUAAACUGCUAUUAAAAUAAACAUGGAAAAUAACUUUACUUUUGAAGGAAAAGUGAUUCUAGUGACCGGUGGUGCUACAGGUAUUGGUGCUGGAUUGGUCCGGAGUAUACUAUCAGAAAAUGCUAGGCAUGUCACAUUUCUUGAUCUGGCGGAACGUGAAAGUGAAAUCUUAGAGAGGGAGCUUAAGAAUAAAUUCGGCACACUACGGGUGAUGUACAUAAAGUGUGAUGUAUCUGAUGAAAAGCAAAUGAACGAAGCUUACAACAAAGUAGUAGAUAAGUUUCACAGGCUUGAUAUAGUCAUUAACAAUGCAGCAAUCCUUUGCGCUGAAGAGAACUUAUACAAGAGAAUGGUUGACAUAAAUUUUACCGCUGUUAUCUCCAGUACUCUAAAAGCAUUAGCUACGAUGGCAGUGGAUAGAGGAGGAUCAGGCGGGGUCAUCCUAAACGUAUCGUCUAGGCUGGCUCUUACACCCAGUGACAGUCUAGCAGUGUAUUCUGCUACAAAGGCAGCUGUUCUACAGUUUACAAAUAGUAUUGCUAUCAAUAAAUUAUACUCGAAAUCAGAAGUUCGCGUAUUGUCAGUUUGUCUUGGACCAACCGAUACUGCGAUCCUUCACAAACAUAACUCGGAACUUUUCGACAAAGGCUGUACGCAAUGUUUUACUUCACAAGUUCCAGAAAGACAGAGGGUUGAGUCAGCUGUUAAAGGUAUAAUUGACGUAAUAAAGAAAGCAGAUAAUGGCUCAACGUGGAUAAUAGCUGGUAAUAAGCCUCCUGUAGACAUUACUUUAAGUGUCAGGGAGGGACUCCAAAAUCGCUGUAACGACACCAGCGGAUCGUAAUGUUAUUUUUAAUU